UAUGAUUUAAAGUGAGUGGGCAUUAUUUUGGAAGCAACCGGCGUGUCGUUCUCACGCUCACGCAAACUCUGCAAUUCAUGUGGGGUGGCUGUUCUUGUUUUUUAAACUAUAACUAACGCUACCAGGCGGAGGCGUUGUGUGAGAAAAAGAUGCACUAUUACAGAUAUGAAAAUGCAGAGGUCAGCUGUUGCUACAAAUACCUUAUGUUCAGCUACAACAUUAUCUUUUGGCUAGCUGGAUCAGCAUUCAUUGCAAUUGGCUUCUGGGCCUGGAGUGAAAAGGGUGUUUUAUCAGAUCUGACACAAGUUACACGUCUACAUGGUUUUGACCCAGUUUGGGGGGUGCUUCUUGUGGGCACAGUCACUUUCAUUUUGGGAUUUGCUGGGUGUGUAGGAGCUCUCAGGGAAAACAUCUGCCUCCUUAAGUUUUUCUGUGGAGUUGUCGGCUUCAUCUUUUUCAUGGAGUUGACGGCUGCAGUGUUGGCGUUCGUGUUCCAGGCCCAAGUUAAGGAGUGGAUCAAUGAUUUCUUCUUGGUUAAUGUGAAGGCCUACAGGGACGACAUUGACUUGCAGAACCUGAUCGACUCUCUCCAGAAACUGAAUCAUUGCUGUGGAGCUGAAGACCCCAACGACUGGAAUCUAAAUGAGUAUUUUAACUGCUCAAGCAGUAACCUCAGCAGAGAGAAAUGUGGAGUGCCCUUCUCCUGCUGCAUCAGUGACCCUGCUGAUACAGUGUUGAACACACAGUGUGGAUAUGAUGUUAGAGAUCCUAAAUCACCGAAGGACUGGAGUAAAACCAUUUAUGUCACAGGAUGCAUAAAAGCUUUGGAGCAGUGGCUGCCACGCAAUAUCUACAUUGUGGCUGGAGUCUUCAUAGUGAUAUCAUUGCUACAGAUGGUGGGAAUCUUUUUGGCGAGGACGUUGAUUGGAGACAUUGAAAAGUCUGAUUAUUAAUUAAACGCAUUCAUUAUUAACACAUUACUGAAAAGGAGCGAAGGGCAAUGUUGGGAAAAAAUUUGGAUGUCCUGUUAUUUGUGGAGAAGAGAACAUUCACUGGACCACCUUUUCAGAAUUUCUAUAAACCACAUGUUGAAUACACAGCUGUCUAAGUUUACCUGGAUACUGUCACAUGUGUGCCUUGUCUCUUCAAGUUUACCCUUGGCCCACCCCCUAUUUUUAUUUGAAUAGAUCUUUUUUUUUUUUUUUUUUUUUUUUAUAGGACUAUCAUUAACCAAACAUUUGAGACCAUUUCAUUUUUGAGACCACUAUUAACCAAGCUGGGUGUACAUAGUGGCAACAUAACAUGUAAACUAACCUGAAAUGUAAUUGUAAUGAUGAGCACAAGCUAGAAAAAAAAUGUAGUUUGUUUUUAAGAAGCAUGUUUAUUUUUCCUUUAGAUAAAAAACUAGAUUUAAAAAAAAAAGAAAAAAAAAAGAUUUACUAUUGAAGUCUCUUAUAGUAAAAUGUGUAAUGAAAGAUAAAACAUUUACACAGUUUUAACUACAGUAAAUACAUAUCCUAAAAGUUUGUUGUAUCAGUAACAUAAUAUUUUUGCAGUCAGAUGUUCUGCAUUUAAUGUCAACUUCAAAGGGUGCAGAAGAAAAAUAUCAGGAUCUGAGACUAACUACUCGCAUGUAAACGGAACAGAAUUGAGAAUGCAUUUGGGUAGAAAUCAAAUGCCAGCAAGUGUAAAAGAGAAGUGAGCUGAUCUAUUUGGUUUUGCGUGAUAGAGAUAAGAUGAGUCAGUUUGUGAUCUGUAUUUAACCAUAAGAAACUCAUAUACGCCAUUAUGUGUCCUGUUAGUAUUCUGUUUACUGAAUAUCCUGCAUUUAAGAGUCACCAAAGUUUGAUGGUAGUUACCACAUGGCUUAUAAUAUACCAGUCAACACUGCCUUGAGAUGCCAACAUUUACCUCCUGUUUUCUACUCUUGGUGACUUGUACAAAAAUGCAGAUUGUGCCUUUUCUCUGGCAUUUGAAGAUUUCAUGAAAUGUAUUGUACCGUGUUUAAGCAAUUAAACCCAUGAUUAGCAUUUUUUAUGAGUGUUCAAAGAAAAUUUACUUUUUGUAUUUUCAGUUGAGAAUUUAAAUGGCAUUUCAGCACAAAUUACUUAAAAUAUGUAAUAUUAACAAUAUAACAUUAACAUGUCUGUACACUUAAAUUAGCCUUAACACAAUAUGCAUUCUUACAUAAAUGCAAACACCUUUUCUAUAGCCCAAAGACUUCUUUUCACAGUUCUAUCAUAUUAUACUUAUAUAUGACCUCUGAAAUUCUCAUCAACUCAAAAAAGAAAUUAUAUAAGCAUUUUGUAAAUCUUUUUAGAGUACUAUUUUUUGCACUAUUUUGUCCCUUUUUUUUUUGGAGUGUCUGUCUGUGCCACUGUGUAAUGUUAAAGCUUAAUUGAGUAUUUACUAAAAUGCAGUAAACUUUCCCUGAUCCUGCUGCAAGAGCCUCCUUUUUUGUUGAAUUUAGAUGUCAUUUGUUGUUUUAUAUUUGAUAUCUUUGUAAAUAUUUUCUGAAUUCUUUUCAUAACUUUUAUAUUCAAUAAUAAUAAAAGUAAUAAAAAGUUUGACAUUA